CUGUCAAGAGCAGCCGCGGGCCGGGCCAGGGCCAGUCGGGGGGCGUCGCGAUGCUGCUGCGCCUGCUCCUGGCCUGGGUGGCCGCGGUGCCCACGAUGGGCCAGGCCCCCUGGGCUGCUGAACCCCGUGCCUCCUGCGGCCCGGGUAGCUGCUACGCCCUCUUCCCAAGGCGCCGCACCUUCCUGGAGGCUUGGCGGGCCUGCCGCGAGUUGGGGGGUGAUCUGGCCACACCACGGACCCCCGAGGAAGCCCGGCGUGUGGACAGCCUGGUGGGUGCCGGCCCGGCCAGUCGGCUGCUGUGGAUCGGCCUGCAGCGGCAGGCCCGGCAAUGCCAGCUGCAGCGGCCACUGCGUGGCUUCACGUGGACCACUGGGGACCAGGACACGGCCUUCACCAACUGGGCCCAGCCAGCUACAGGUGGGCCCUGCCCGGCCCAGCGCUGUGCGGCCCUCGAGGCGAGUGGCGAACAUCGCUGGCUCGAGGGCUCCUGCACGCUGGCUGUGGAUGGCUACCUGUGCCAAUUCGGCUUCGAGGGUUCCUGCCCAGCAUUGCCAAAUGAGGCGGGCCAGGCUGGACCAGCCGUCUACACCACGCCCUUCCACCUGGUCUCCAUGGAGUUUGAGUGGCUGCCCUUUGGCUCUGUGGCUGCCGUGCCCUGUCAGGCUGGCAGAGAAGUCUCUCUGCUCUGCAUAAAGCAGCCUGAGGGUGGUGUGGGCUGGUCACGGGCUGGACCCUUGUGCCCGGGUACUGGCUGUGGCCUGGACAACGGGGGCUGUGAGCAUGAGUGUGUGGAGGAGGUGGAUGGUCAUGUGUCCUGUCACUGCACUGAAGGCUUUCAGCUGGCAGCGGACGGGCGCAGCUGCGAGGACCCCUGUGCCCAUGCCCCAUGUGAGCAGCAGUGUGAGCCUGGCGGGCCGCGGGGCUACAGCUGCCACUGUCGCCUAGGUUUCCGGCCUGCUGAGGAUGAUCCGCACCGCUGCGUGGACACAGACGAGUGCCAGAUCGCUGGCGUGUGCCAGCAGAUGUGCGUCAACUACGUUGGUGGCUUCGAGUGCUACUGCAGUGAGGGUCAUGAGCUUGAGGCUGAUGGCAUCAGCUGCAGCCCUGCUGGGGCCGUGGGUGCCCGGGCUUCUCAGGACCUUGGGGAUGAGCUGCUGGAUGCUGGGGAGGAUGAAGAGGAUGAAGAAGAGGCCUGGGAGGCCUUCGAUGGUGGCUGGACAGAGAUGCCUAGAAUCCCAUGGAUGGAGGCCACCCAGUCAUCUGACUUUGGCCUGGCCUACAGACCUAGCUUCCCAGAGGAAGGAGAGCCACAGAUGCCCUACCUGGACCCCACCUGGCCGCCCCCUCUUAGUGCCCCCAGGGUCCCCUACCAUUCCUCAGUGCUCUCUGUCACCCGGCCCCUUGUGGUCUCUGCCACGCGCCCCACACUGCCUUCUGCCCAACCUCCUAUUAUCCCUGCUGUGCGCCCACCUCUGGAUUCUGCCCCUCAUGCCCCCAUGAUUCCUGCCAUGCACCCUGUUUUGCCCCCUGACCCCCAGUUCUCCAUGAUCUCACCCAACUAUCCAGAUCUUCCCUCUGCCCACCAACCUCACAUUAUCUCUGCCACUCGCCCAGCACGGACCCCUGCCCACCAGCCCCCAGUUAUCUCAGCCAAAUAUCCUGAACUGUUCCCUGCCCACCAGUCCCCCAUGUUUCCAGACACCCUAGUGGCUGAUACCCAGACCACCACUCAUUUGCCUCCAAUAGCUCACCACACCCCUCUGGUCACCACCUCCAGUGCCCAUCAACCCCCCGUGACUCAAGAUGUUCCAGUCCUCAAAACCCAGGCCACUCACCUUCCCAUUACCUCAACUGUCCAGCCCCCUCUGACCUCUACCUCCAAGUCCCCUGUGCCCCCUGCCCUUCAAGUCCCUGUGCCUACUGCCACCCAACCCCUGGCUCCCCCCAUUCCCCUGCCCCCUCAGAGACCCACUAACCAGACCUCACUCACUAGCCAUUCACACCCCCAUUCCAAAGCCCCACAAGUCCCAAGAGAAGGUGCCCCUGACCCCAAGCUGGCCCCCUGGCUGCCCUCAGCAGCCCCAACAUCCCUGGGGGAGGCCAGUCUGGCAGGCCACAGCCAGAGGGAUGACCGGUGGCUGCUAGUGGCACUCCUAGUGCCAACAUGCAUCUUCUUGGUGGUCCUACUUGCAUUGGGCAUCGUGUACUGCACCCGCUGUGGCCCCCACGCACCCAACAAGCGUGUUACUGACUGUUAUCGCUGGGUCACCCAUGCUGGGAGCAAGGGCCCAACAGAACCUGCUCCCCACCAGGGCAGCCUCACAGGGGUGCAGACCUGCAGAACCAGCGUGUGAUGGGGUAUAGCCCCACCUCUGCAGGGUGGGGGCAGGGGCAUGCACUGGACACCUGGCCCAGGCUGCACCAGGGACCAAUGGGGGUUGCCCCGCUGGACAGAGGGCUUCCUGUUCCCCGGGGCCCAGCCAGGCUCCUCCCUCAGUCAACCAACUAGACUUGACUCUCGGGAACUCUGCUCCCCAACCCAGCACUCAUGACAGAGGAGACACCAAGGCCCCCAGGACCUCAAGAAGUGGGUGCUGGGUCUUCUCCAAUAAACAGGGUGCCAGCCCUCACCCAAA